AUGUGUCAGCAGAUCACAGUGCAGUUUCGUGUGGUCCUGCUGAGGAGGGAUUUGACUCCUUAUGAUGGGCCCGUCGAUGUCUUCGUUCUCAAAUCGAGGCAAAGGGACACUUGUCAUGGUGCUCCAACAUUUGUCAGGAACCCUACACUCCAUGUUACUGAAUAUGGCACGCAAUCUCCCGUGAUCGUCGAGAUGCCUUUCUACACCUCCGUGAGUGAAAAGGCAGUCAGGGGAAGGUUCUUGGCACUAUUCAAGACAUAUAUGCCAGUGUCAGGGAAUGCCACUGUCACGCUGUACAAGAAGAGUCCGGUUUCAAUGCCUGAUUCUUCCUUCACUGAAGUCACUAGAAAGGAUGUUCACAUUGUAAACGGCUGGCAUAAUUUUAGCUUCUCGGCGGAUCUCUUGAUGGACGAAACGAUAACCGAUCUCCGUCAGGUGGAGGUUAUGGUGAAGGUGAACGUGCACAAUAUUUUUGAGGGAUCGACAAUGACUGGACAUGCGAGGACACGUUUUGUAAGUGAUGACGUAAGGCUGGAGUUCGUCGGUGCUGACCCGCUCGUGUUCAAGCCCGGAAUGCCGUUGUCGGGGGUGUCUUUAUCAUUGCUAAUCAGUGUCCUUCAGAUAACGGUGAAGCACGAGGACUCGGCGCCGCUGGAGGAAGAGAAGCUGCAGGAAUCUCAUCUCGUCGUGAGAGCAUCAGUCACCCUCUCGAAUGGAGCCACGGAAGAGUUGCCAGAGAUUGUAGUCAGACCUAAGGACAGCGCUGCCUCUAGCCCCGCCCACCUCCUCCGAAGAUAUGCCUAUGGCAACGCAUCCGAAAGCGUGCACUUGCCACAGCUGGACGACGUCUUCCACUUAACCUCCACCGCAAACUUUCGAAAAACUGGAAUGCUACGCUUUACCAUAUACACUCCCGAAGAAGCGACCAGCCUGCGUCUGUCAGCUGUUUACAAGGACGACCAGAGUACCGCAUCGACGAAGGCACAAGCGGUACGACCUCACUCUCGCACGGGACGCUACAUUCACGUGACUUCAAGUACGACCACAGCUCGCGUCGGGGACUUUGCGAUCGUUCAUGUCAGAGCGAACUUCAGAAUGGAGAAGUUUCAGUACUUGGUCAUGUCAAAAAGCGUAAUGGUCUAUUCAGCCACAGAGGAAUUCACAGUCAUUGGAACUGACGUCGUUUGGACAGUGAGUCUCACUGUCUCGAGGGAGAUGUGUCCCAGAUUCACUGUAGUGGUGAUUCACGUGACUCAGGAUGGUGAGCUGGUGACUGAUUCGGCCCACAUAGCCGUCGGUUUCCAAUCCAUGAAGGCCUCGCUGACCCUCAACCAGCGUAAAGACCACUCAAAGAGAACAGUCGAGGCCGCCAUGACAGCUCCGCCCGGCGCCAUCUUGUCCGCGUCAUGUCUUCGUCGGGAAAGUUCCGUGUUACGACCGAGCAGCCGCGUCGGUCUGUCCCGGAUUCUGCGGGCUGCUCUCGCGAUGGAGCCGCAUCCGAGGUCGAUACACCACGCCCACUUUCGUUCCCGCAACGGACUGGGGGCGGAUCAUCUGGAGACCCUUUCGACAGAGAACACAGCGACAUUCAAGCUAUCGUCUCUUCACUUUUCUGGUCUCUCCCUGGCCAUGGACGCUGCUCUGGACUCGCCGGCAGGGACAGAUUGUGCAGUCAUAAGCCAUUGUGACAGUCAGCUGGGUUUCCUGGAAUGUGGCGACGGGUCCUGUUAUCACCAGCUGGAGGUGUGUGACGGCCGGGAACAGUGCCAGGAUGGGGCGGAUGAAGCCAGCUGUUUAACGAUCGAGACCAGACUGCAGGAAGAUGACUCUUCAGGCCACAAGGAAUUCCAAAGGGCAGAGCUAAUCGUGCCCAACGCCCUCGGUGACUGGAUAUUUGAGGCCUUUGUUGUUCAUCCUCACUUUGGGCUUUCCGUCCUGCCAGCGAGACCCUAUGACAGUACUCCACCUCUCUUCGUGAGUCUGGAGGCGACACCUGUCUGCCGGCGGGGAGAACAGAUCUCCGUCAAGGUCCACCUCCACAACGCACGGCCGAGGAGGAUGUCCGUCCUGGUCGUCCUCGAGGGAAGUGACCACCACCGCUUCGUCCACGUGGAGGAAGGAGGUCACGUCAAUCACUUCAGUCCGAGGCUUUCUGCGGGGGACCACCAACACCUCGUUUGGGUAGAAGGCGGUGGCUGGACGCAAGUGAUGUUCCCUUUGGCAGUGCUAAAACAGGCGGGGAAAGUGACAGUGACGAUAAAAGCACUGUCGUCGGUGGGCAGUGACGUCCGCUCUAUCACUGUGAAAGUUGAGCCAGAGGGCGCCUCCGUCAGGAAACACACUUCCGUGCUGCUGGACCUGAAGAGCCGAGCGACCGUGUACGAGUUCCUGGACCUUCCUGUAGACAAGAGUCCUGUGAUUUCUAAGAGCAUUUUCAGGCGCUAUGUUUACGGGUCUCCCAAGGCUAAGGUGACACUCUCAGGAGACGUCUUCGGUCCCACGUCCAAGGACAUGACCCUCAGCUUCAAAACAGCCUUCAAGGGCCGAAUCCUAAAGAGCACCGACGGCCUCGCCUUCAACUUCGGCUCGACGGUCUGGACGCUUCACUAUCUCCGCCUCACGAACCAGCUCAACAUGACGAAGGCGAAGAAGGCGUUCGAGUUCUUGAAUUCGCAGCUGGCGGGCUUGUUUGCGAGGUACAGCGACGGCGCCUUCAGGAUGUGGAAGGCCUCGGAGCCCUCGGUGUGGAUGACUACGUGGGUUCUGAGCGUGUUACUUCCAGCACAACUCGAGGACUGGGAGAACUUGGUGUACAUAGAGCCGAGGCUAAUCAACACCGUUGUUUCUUUCAUUCUCGAACACCAGCUUGAAGACGGGAGUUUUAGGGAACCGUUUACCAAUGUGACGCUUGAUCAUAAAAUGUCUUCCAAGAGAAUGAUGUGGAAGGGUGAUGCGAAAUCUUCUUCCGUGCCUUUGACCGCCUUAGUGACGACAGUGCUGUACGAGGCCUCACCGUCUCUGGAUUCAGGGAUACGCUCCAGGGCCUUCACUGCGAGGGAGAAGGCGAUCAGAUACCUGGAGCAGAAUUUGGAAAGUGUGUGGGAGCCGUACGAGUUGGCCAUCACCGCCUAUGCCCUGACGCUUGUCAACAGCCCGAGCAAGGAAGUCGCUGCGAAGAUGCUGGAGAGACAAGCCAGAGUUGCAGAAGACCAGUGUGCAAGAUCGACUAACGCCACCAACAGAGGACCAAUAUGUAUUAAAACACAGGGCAGUUGUAUUAAUGCUAUGCAAGAGAAGAUGAUAUUUCUUAAGGUUGUACUAAUGCUACAAAAGGGAAACAAUUGCAUGUUAAUGCUUAUAUUAAUGGCUGGGGGCCAUAACAUGUCUGAAGACGGGAAGAUCCACUGGUCGAAGAAGGCCAUCGAAAGCAACGCAAGGCGCGCGGAGAACAGCCAGCACUCCUUCCUCCUGCCGAAGGAACCGCAGGAAUGGGAUUCCUACGCCGUGGAGGCCACUAGCUACGCCCUCAUGGUGUUCCUUAUGCGCGAGGGCGUCACGGAGCGUCAGGAGGCCAUCGUCGAGUGGCUCACCUCCGUCAGAGACUGGAAUCGCGCCUUCAGCUCCUCUGUGGACACCGUGGUGGCACUGCGGGCGCUGGCGGAGUACAGCUACCGGGCGAGGCUGAGGGAGGUGACCGCCCUUCGCGUCCGGAUGACCGCCACGUCCUUCCCCGACGCCAAGACCAAUAUUUCCAUCGGGAAAGACGCCUUGUCGCUCAUGAGGAGUGUCCCGAUCGCGCGCCCAUGGGGUCACGUCAACCUGGUGGCCGAAGGGGCAGGUCAGGCGGUGGCCCAACUGGAAGUCAGCUGGGGCGUUGACCUGGACCGGUACCUGAAACGACCUGCAAGGAAAGUACUUCGAGCUGCUGGUCACAGAAGCGUAUCCCAACUUCAGGAACAAGACCUUGAUCACCACGACGGCCUGCGCGAGGUGGGUGACCCGGAUGAGUCAUGUGAGUUGAGGAUGAGUGAAUGGAGGGUAUGGUUAGCGGAGGACGUGUCAAGCACAAGUCACGCAGCCAUGCUUGAGAUAGACACGGCAAGCGGUUACGUCAUCCCUCAGCCAAAUGCCAACGAGGCUGUCAAGAGAAAUCGUAACAAAUUUCCACAGCUUGUCAACUCCCACGCUAUGCCAGAUCGGACUUUCUGGCAGUUCCAGUUUGUCCCCAGUAAUCAGCGCCAGUGUUUUUCCUUCACUGUGAGACGUCGGUUUCCAGUGGCGAAUCUGACAGCAAUUCGUUCGGCAACUGUAUUCGAACUUUUUGCGCCAGAGCACUUCGAGACAGUGGUCAUCAACGUGACAUCCUUGGCUGCCCUUGACGUGUGUGAGGUGUGCGGCUCGUACCAAUGCCCUUACUGCCCCCACUACAGCGGAAGGGCCUGCCGCUUAGCCACCAUGCCCCUGGUGGUUCUCCUGGCGUUUUCGGUGGCGCUCGUCCUCCGCGAGGUCCCUAUUUUGUUUAAGGAACUCAAGUACAUUUCCAGUGUAUUGUCAAAAGUAUGGGAUUCCCAUCCUUAUGAACUAAACAUACCAUAG